UCUGAGCCUCUGGUCCCGCGCCCUGGGCGGAGGCCCCGGGCCCGUGCCCCACCGGGGCUUGGGCUGUGCCGCCUGCCUGGCACCCUCCCGAGGACCGAAGGCGUGCAGGGCAGACUGCCCGGGAUAACGAAAGACCACAGCGAGAAAGUUUGGGUUCCAGAGCUUUUCGGGUUUUGAGGGGCGGCGUGGGCCUCCAGUGGCCCCCUCGGAGGUGAGACACCCCCGCUCAUAGAAACCCUUUAGGGCCGAAUGGAAUUGCGCCGCCGCCGCCUCGGCAGGGUGUCCAAGCUUGUGAGUCUUUGGGGGAGCAGACCGCCUCAUCUUCUGAGGAGCAGAUGUUGGGUUCAAAUUGUUGACCUUGUGGAUGGCCAUUCAGCACGAAGCCCACCAGGCCGCCCCGCAUCCUCCUCCUGGGCGAUAGGGCCCUUCAGUGUGACUCUCUUGGCUGGAUUGGACCCAGCUGGACUGUGUGUCCCCCUCUCUGGGCUUCGAGACAGGCUGACCAACAGGUGCACAAAGUGGUCCUCAUAUAGUGGGCAGGGGAGGCCUGCCGUGCACCCGGGAAGCUUGUGGAGCUGGGGUCAUGGACUGUUCUCUUCCACUAGUAGCUUCUGCAUUUGCCCCAGAGGAGAGCGUGCCUGCCUUGUUAACUGUACCCAGAGUUCUCCCUUCCUAGGGGCCAUUUAGGGAAACUGAGGGCUCAAGGGGAGUGGUGGCUAACUUUGAGGGCUGACUUCCAAGUAGGCAAUCUUGACGCAGGGAGAGAGAGAGUUUGUGUGUGUGCCUGCCACUGCACGGUGUUCUCCGGCAAUAAAAUGGCCUUUGGGAUGCUUGGUCAGAUUUGCCCUGGCAGCCAGGUGCCAGUACUGCAUCUGCCCCACUGUGAGGGUGCUGCCCGGUCAGUGACCUGGUCAGCGUCUUAAAGGAUUAGGACACGUGUCUGUGAGGCUCCUAGUGUCAGUCUCCAAGGGGCUGCAGUGCACAAGACAGACAAGCGGUCCCAAGGGCCCACGAGUCUGGCUCUGGGCAGAGACACUGGUCAACGAAGAGGCCAACUGGCCCUGAGCGGCCAGCCUCCCUGGUGGCCUCAGGCCAGCCACCGACCAUCUCUGAGUCUCCGUUUUCACAGCUCAAAGGUGGGCAUGAACAGGAGACCCUCCGGAGCCUGGUGUGGUAGCUUUCCCGUGUGUUGAACUAAAGGGAAUCACUGGUGUUCACCUCUUUUUUCAGCAGUAGAAAUGGCGUUUUGUAGCCUAACAGCCUGGAUCUGUGAGGCCGCCUAGUUGCUAGUUGUCACCAGGAAAGUAGCCUGAGGGGCCAGGAGAGAAUGUGGGGGUGCUUUUUCCUGCCCUGCCCCCGCCCCUCUCCGGAAACGAGACGAGUCUUUUAGAAACCGUCAUCUCUGGCCUUUUGGUGUCUUGUCAUCCUCCGCCAGUUAAAAUGCAGCUCUUCCCCAUGGUGCCUAGCCUGUGGUGCCACCUGGUAGGCUUCCUUGGUCCUCUAGGCCCUUGAGGACAGACCCCACCCAGGAGUGACACAGGAACUUCCCCAUUGCCCCCUGCUGAGUUGGUCCCCUCCCCAUUCCCUCUACUGUAACCAGACACUUGUUUGUUCCCUGUGUCCUUGGGUAACUAGUGACCCCAUGUGGGCGGAGACAAGUGGGACCUGUUUGUCAGGGUGGUGGCCAGGCACAGGUGCUUGCUGCCUCCUCACCUGUGAGGCUGGGACGCUGUGCACAUCAGAGGGAGGAAGGCCAAGGGUGAUUCUUGGGAGAAGGGUGCUCGAGUUCUGUCUGUUCCUGGACAGGGAGUCCCCUCAGAACUCAAGUGGCUGAAAAUACCCACGGUGGUUGUGUGACCUUCUGUGGUUCCGAGGGUGGACAAGACUCGGGCAAUUCUCAUGUAAAACACUCAUGGAAUUAUCAUCCGUGCUUGCGAAUGUGGGCAGGGCUCAGCUGGGUGGUUCAUAGGCACGGCCGCUCAGGUGGUGCUGCCACUUAGUGGCCGAGGCUAGAAUUGCUGCAACGGCUCCUUACUGGUGUUCCCCCAAGUGCUGGCUGGCUGGCUGCGCUAGUGGUUGCCUGGGACCACAGCCGUGUCCUGGGUUUCCUCAACUAAUGAUGGCCGGGAGCGAGUCUCCUGGAGUAGCACCUGGGGCCUUCCCAAGUCCAGCCCUCUCCUGACCCCUGUCCUCUUUUCUGCAGGCCCCCUCGUUGGGACGGCAAGGCCCUCGUGUAACUGGGCUCAGCCUCAGCCUGUGUCCCGUGGAGUCCGGCCUGCAGACGGCAGCAGCUGUGUCCAUGGGCUCUGCCAACCACCAAUUCAGCCUCUCGGAGAUCCUGUCGCAAAACUACGGUGUCCGGGAGGGGCGUGAGGCGGCGGCCGGAGGCCCUGCGAAGCCCGAGGAGGAGCUGGACAAGGACUUCAUCUCCCAGAGCAGCGACAUGCCCCUUGAAGAGCUGCUGGCGCUCUGCGGCUACCCGGCCUCGGAUCCCGUGUCGGAGCAGGAGAGGGUGGGCGCGGACACCGCCCCGCUCCCGGACAUGACCCUGGACAAGAUAGCGAAGGACCUGCUGUCGGGAGAGGAAGAGACGCAGUCGUCCGCCGACGACCUCACCCCGUCCGUAACCGCCCACGCAGCCGCAGCCCUGUUCCCCAACCAGAGUGGACCUCGCUUCCUGGCCGGCGGAGACAGAGAGCCCAGUUCCUCCACCUCCUCCAACUCUCCCACCUCCUCGGACACGGACGAGGACUCACUUCCUGCCAACAAAUGUAAAAAGGAGAUCAUGGUGGGCCCGCAGUUCCAGGCUGACCUCAGCAGCCUGCACCUGAGCAGGCACGGGGAGAAGAUUUACGAGAACGAAGACCAGCUGCUCUGGGACCCCCAUGUCCUGCCUGAGAGGGAGGUGGAGGAGUUUCUGUAUCGUGCCCUGACGCGGAGGUGGGACGAGGCAUCCGGGCCCCAACUCCCGGAUGGGGAGUCGGUGAAGGACAGCGAGCAGGCACUGUACGAGCUGGUGCGCUGCAGUUUCAACGCCGAGGAGGCCCUGCGUAGGCUGCGCUUCAACGUGAAGGUGGUCCGAGAAGGCGUGUGCGCCUGGAGUGAGGAGGAGUGCAGGAAUUUCGAGCACGGCUUCCGCGUGCACGGCAAGAACUUCCACCUGAUCCAGGCCAACAAGGUGCGCACGCGGUCGGUGGGCGAGUGUGUGGAGUACUACUACCUGUGGAAGAAGUCGGAACGCUUUGACUACUUCACGCAGCAGACGCGCCUGGGCCGGAGGAAGUACGUCCCGUCCGGAACCACGGAUGGGGACCAGGACCUGGAUGGUGGGGACCCUGACAGCUCCGGCCGUCCCCGCUCCGCACCGCCCGUGCCUUCCACCGGUGACAACUUGGGCCCUGAGCAGGAUGCCCUGGGGGCGCUGUGCACAGAGCCUCUGGUGGAGGAUGGCGCUCCCCGAAGCCCCAUCGGCCUUGGUGAGCCUGAAGCGGGCGGUCUUCGUACCAUGGAGGCAGGGCCCCGCCCUUUCCAGCCUCUGGACAAGCCGGCCGUUGGGCUGCUCCCCCCACCGCCCUCGUCCCUGGCCGACCCGGCCUUCUACCCAGCAGCCUCUGCUGCCCGGGAAGCCGGCGCCCACCCCCGGCUGGCGGUGGAUGUGGCCCUGCCCGCAGCCCUCCCCGAGGGCCUGCCCCUCCUCCCUGCCCACUCGGGUCUGGGCGGGGACCCCGCCGCACAGGUGGCCCUGUCUGUCGCAGAGUUCGGGCUCAUCGGCCUUGGGGACGUCAACCCUUUCCUGGCCCCACGCCCCGCAUGUCCUGCGGGGCUGCACCCGGAGCCGCUGUCACACUGUAAUGUGAUGACCUGUUGAUUCCUGAUGCCCCGGCGCCUCAGCCGGUCGCCACCAGGAACCUCUCCCGGACUAGACCCCCGGCCUGCUCAGUCCGCUGCCCGAACGACCCCUUCCCAAGGGCCGCCAGUGAUGCCCCCUCUGCCUCGGGGCUUUCGGGAUGGCUUGAGGGGACAGGGCUGCGGGUGCCCCGCACCUGGCCUCCGCUAGCAGAGGGACGAACGGGCCUGCCACCCCCGACGGCCGUCGCCGCC